AUGAUAAGCACUGACAUCGACGAAGAUGUGUCAGCAACGAGCCACAGCAACACACCUCCCAAACACUUGACUAAAUCUCCGUCAUUCACAUCUAUCAAAUCUUCCUCCUUCACAAGCACUACACCAGCAAACCAUGCUUCGAUAUUCCACUACCUCAAUCUUGCAUCAGAAAAACUUGACUCGCUCGGUGUCGAAACUCGAGGAAUAGAACGGAUCCUACCGAGUGAACGUUCAUCCAACAAAACAGGCCAAUUCAUCAGCGUGCUAGGUCUUUGGUGCUCGGCCUGUGGAGGACUCACUUCAAUGUCAUCAUUCUUUCUAGGCCCACUAACUUUCGAGCUAGGGUUACGAAACACUUUGAUUGCUGGAAUCAUUGGUCAAGGGUUGGGAUGUGUGGUGGCAGCAUAUUGUUCAGUGAUGGGGCCCAGAUCCGGAUGUCGACAAAUGGUAAGUGCAAGAUUCCUCUUUGGAUGGUGGUUUGUGAAGUUCGUGGCGUUGGUCAAUAUUAUUGGGGUCACUGGAUGGUCAGUCGUCAAUUGUGUUGUCGGUGGUCAGAUUUUGGCUAGUUUGAGCGAUGAUCGGGUCCCGUUGUGGGCGGGGAUUGUUAUUAUUGCUGGUGUCACGCUUCUUGUUGCAAUUGGUGGGAUCAAGCAGUUGUUGAGAGUGGAAACGUUUCUUAGCAUACCUGUCAAUUUGUCAUUCUUGUUGUUGUACAUUGUUGCGUCGCAGAAAUUCCAAUACUUGACCUUGGAUGAUGCCAUUACUGAUUCUGCCACAAUCAAGGGCAACUGGCUAAGUUUCUUUUCGUUAUGCUACUCCAUAACUGCAACUUGGGGUGGGAUUGCUUCUGACUACUACAUUCUCUUUCCUGAGGAUACACCAGAUGUGCAAGUGUUUUGUAUCACUUUGUUGGGCAUUUUCCUCCCCACCACGUUUGUCGGUGUUGCUGGGUUACUCAUUGGCAAUGUUGCCCUUGGAUACAAGCCAUGGGGUGAUGCAUAUGCGAAAUGGGGAAUGGGUGGAUUGUUGAAUGAAGCAUUUAAACCAUGGGGAGGUGGCGGCAAGUUCUUGCUCGUUAUUAUGUUUCUCUCAUUGAUUUCAAACAAUAUUCUCAAUACGUACUCGGCAGCUUUCGAUAUCCAAAUGGCAGGUACUUGGUUGGCAAAGAUUCCGAGAUGGUUUUGGGCAAUUGUGGUGACGGCGAUGUACUUGGUGGCGGCAUUAGUUGGUCGGAAUGAGUUUUCAACAAUUUUGGGCAAUUUCUUGCCAAUGAUUGGAUACUGGAUUUCAAUGUAUUUCAUAUUGUUGCUUGAGGAAAAUACCAUAUUCCGUACUAGCAGAUUCCACCAUUUGUACAAAUUAGAAUUUGCCAAAGAUGGCUCAUAUGAUGCACCAUCCACAACAACAACAACAACAUCAUCAUCAUUAGCAAGCCAUGAUGUCUCUACAGAAGACCAAUUUGACUUGCGCAAAUCUACUCUGCAUCAUUACAAUUUCAAUAUUUGGAAAGAUUCUAAUAAACUCACUCACGGGUGGGCUGCUGCUGCUUCUUUUGUGAUUGGAGCCACAGGGGCUGCUGUUGGUAUGUCGCAAAAGUACUGGAUUGGCCCACUUGCAAGGAGAGUUGGAGGUGAGUAUGGUGGUGAUAUUGCCAUGUGGUUGUGUAUGGGAUUCAGUGGAGUUGUCUACCCUGUGCUAAGAUAUGCCGAGUUGAAGUACUGCAAGAGGUAG